UAACCAAGGUUGCCGGCUGAGGGUACGCAAAAGCUGCUUGAGGAUAAAUACGUCUGGUAUUCCCCAGCUCAAUUUGCUGCUGUCAACAACCGCGUCCCACCACACACACACACCACUCACAAACCCACCCAACGGGUCAUCGAACAUCCACAAUGUCUCGAAGCGAAGGAGCUACGAUCAGUGCAGCUCCGCGAGCUUUGUUUCAUUCAGUCGGGGCCUUCAUCUUUAUUUACACCAUCAUCCUGCUCUGCAGCGACAUCCCGGUCCCCGAGUACAAGACAGCCGUCGUCCUUCUGCUUGCCAGCUACCUGGUCAACUCCUUGAUCCUGUUCCCCCUCUCCUUGAUCCCGGUCCCGCUGAUCGGCUUCUCCGCCGCGUUCGCCUCCGUCGCCCUCUCCGUCGCCACCUUGGCCGUCGUGGUCGUCCGAUGGAACCUGGCGCUCGCGACCGCUGACCAGUGGGCUGUCCCGCACAACAUCGACCCCAGCCUCAUCCCCGAGGACGCCAACCCGAACCUCUGGAAGCUGGUCCGCAAUAAGCAGUACGGCAUCGGGGUUACCGUCGGCGCCGCCCUGGAUUUGGUCGGAAACCUUCUUGGCGCCAUCAUCGUAUGCAUUGUUCAGUUCGCCUAUACGCGUGACUGAUUAGGGGUAUGGUUGGGCACUUCAGCCUGCCCACAAGUUGGACCGUCCUGGCGGGCCGUGUACUCAAAGCGAGCUCUGCCCUUGCUGAUACUUCCUUACGGUCCACAUUGCGCGCGGCCUCGCCUCCAACAAAAUAUCUCUCGAAGAAGAUAUCUGUGCCAGGAUGAAAUGAUGGGAACGAUGGGUUGUUUUUAGAUGGGUUUUCUUUUUAGGUAGCCGAAAGUUGAAGCUUUUUAAAAUGCACCAGAAAUGGGCCGCGUUCCGGGAGCCGAACUUGGCGGCUGCGUUGAUGGCUGCGAUUGUCCUUUCACUUUGAUGUAGUGGCUAUAUACUUAAUGGCGUGACUUUAGAGCCUCCCCGCGGCUACUGUCUCCGACAGCCUAGGACGACUCC